GGUAAGUGAUGUGAGAAGUAGACUCGUCCACUUCUCCAACUGAUCCUGUGUGUUUGCGGAGAGGCUGAGAACAAGUCAGGGAUGGAAAGUCUCCCGAGUUGGCUGAGACCGAACCCACCUCCGUGCGGAGUGAGUGACCUUGGAGAAGUCGCCCACUUUCGAUUGUUUCCUGUCCUUCCUCAAAUAUUUUGUUGUCACCUGCUGUGGACCAGUUACAGGUUUUCUCUAAGUCUGUUACCUAAGAAUACACCAAAUACCAAGUCUUUUCAACAGUGUAGAUUACUUCAUACCACGUUGUCAAGGAAAGGACUGGAAGAAUUUUUUGAUGACCCAAAGAAUUGGGGAGAAGAAAAAGUAAAAUCUGGAGCUUCAUGGACCUGUCAGCAAUUAAGGAACAAAAGUAAUGAAGAUUUGCAUAAACUUUGGUAUGUCCUACUGAAAGAAAGAAACAUGCUUCUGACUCUAGAGCAGGAGGCCAAGCGGCAGAGAUUGCCAAUGCCUAGUCCGGAGCGGUUAGAAAAGGUAGUAGAUUCCAUGGAUGCAUUAGAUAAAGUUGUCCAGGAAAGAGAAGAUGCCCUAAGACUUCUUCAGACUGGUCAAGAAAAAGCUAGACCUGGUGCUUGGAGAAGAGACAUCUUUGGAAGAAUCAUCUGGCAUAGAUUCAAGCAGUGGCCUAUACCUUGGUACCUAAAUAAAAGGUAUAAUAGGAAACGAUUCUUUGCAAUGCCCUAUGUGGAACGUUUUGUCAGACUGAGAUGUGAGAAAAAAGCCUGCAUCGAAGCAAGGAAGAAAAGUUUAGAAAAAAAGAAAGAAAAAUAUCUUCAGGAAAAGUUUCCACAUCUUUCUCAAGCCCAGAAGUCAAGUCUUGUCUCAGAUGUCUGAAUUCUUAAUUUACCAUUUUGUUUUUCUUGGAUAAGAGUGUAUACAAAAGUAAAUAUAAAGUGGUUAUAAAGAAAUUGUUUUUUAGCAAAUGACUACCAACUGUCUUUAAGUGUUAAUAUGGCAUGCUAAUUCUGGAAGUGGUCAUGCUUCUGCCAAAUUAUUUUAAAAAUUAGGCAUAAAGUUCGGAUUAAAUUUCCAUUUUAUAAAUUCUGACAUCUAAGCACACUAUCACCUAUAUAUUAGAGUGGAAAAGUGAAGUCAACUGCUAUAGCAAAGGCAGUAAGGUAGCUUCUGGAAUUCAGGUAACAUUUUUACUACUACUGUUAACAGGAUAUGAAGGGGUAUGGAUAUUAUUGUUAAUAAACAGUAAGUACUUCCACUCAAAAUAAUAAUACAUUUAGUACUUAAAGUAGCAAGUCACAACACAUAACAGUCCAAAAAAAUAUUUUUGGAAUGGCUAGUAGAUUUUAUUUAAUUUUGCAAGCCUAAGGUAAAAAAGCAUAGGCAAUAAGUUUUACUAUCUAUAAAAAGCAAUUCUACCAAUCCACUGGUAAUUAAUAUACUAAAAGAGUUGGAAAGCAUUUUACUGAAAGCAAAAUAUUUAGAGAAAAUAGACAUUUAUACAAAAUUAUAAAAUGCUUAUAAUAAGAAUAAGUGCAUUUCAAGGAAAGCACAAACUUAUUUUAAUUUAUAGAGCCAGUUAAAACCUUAAAAAAUUUAAGUGGAAAUUGAAAUAUGCAAAAAUGUAUAAACAUUCUACAAAAGAUGGUCAUUCUUUUCCUGAGUUUACUAAAGCUAUGAAACGUAGGGUGACACAGGAAGGUGGAGGUUUGGGAACUCUUCAAGGACAUUUCCUUUCUACACACUGCUUCCCUCCUUCUUCAUAUUCUUGUUUGGAAAUCCACAUCUGUUGAAAGGUGCCCUAUGAAAUGGGAAGAAAAAUUAUAUAAUUGUGCCUUUUUAUCAGGAAAUAAUUUUUCUUAUAAUAGCCUUAUUUUCACAACUGCUAAUAUUUGAAGAACCCUAAACCCCUCUCCCAGAAUAGAACUCCACUACUCCCUUACUUCUGCCCUCCUCUGGAACACCCAAAGAUGAAUUUAGUCUUGCCCAAGGGUAGAAAGAACAGUAAAUUUCUCUCUACCACCUGUUACACUGUUAUGAGGAUCUAGGAAAUUGCUGUGAAAGGAAGAUGGAGGAGGGUUUAGGUAGUUUGGUGCCAAACAGAAUAGUAGAAACUGGUGCAACAAUAGAAAUUGUUAGAAGGCUUGAUCCUAGCACAGCAUUCAAGAGAUGUCCUACCACUUGAUAAAUGGUAACAUUUAGAACUCAAAAGUGUUCAUCAGAACUAGGAUAAAGAUUUGCAGGUACACACGACAGUACACAAGUAUUAUACCAAAUAAAUAAACAUAGAAGGUGAAAGGAGGAAGGAACCUGCACUACAUUAAUAGUAAGACACGUAAGCAGGAGAAAUCCAUUCCCUGUGAUUAACCUCUAUUCAGGUGGAUUCAUACUGGGUUACCAGCUUUAAUCUAAGAUCUAUUAAAAGACAGGAAAUAGAACAUAUACAAGAAAUAUAUAAAUGGAAUUAUACACAUGUACUAGCUUAAAAUGUUUAGCCUAAGUACUUCAUGACAUUUACUUUGGCUUCUCUGAGGUGAAUAGGAAAUUCUCCCAGUCCAGGGUGCAGCUAAGUACAAGGACUUUUUCUCUUGAUUCAAGGUAGACACCAGUCUAAAGCAACAAGCCAAACCCAGCACCAUGACUUCACCAUUUGCUCCAAGAACCAAGCCAGACCUUGACCUCACGAAUAGGUCAGGGAGCAACCAGAACCCAGAAUGAUUUAAUUUUAAAUGUGCUGCAGGUAAGACCUGACCAGUGCUAAUGGGAGUAUUAUAAGAAGAUCCAUGAAUAAAUCAACAGAUUCCCACCUCUGAGAGGGGAAAUGAGGCUGAGGCUGACAAAUAAUCCACUGUUAUUAAUGAAGCAUUUUAUUAUGCUAGAACAUGUAAAACUGGUAUUGGUUCCUUUACUCAUUUGGCAGUUGAAAAAUGUAAAAAUAAACUGGAAUUUUUA